AUGGUCAAGACAGUGAAUGUGGUCUCCAUGCUGGACCUCUCAGAGGAGAACACAGACAAGCAGCACCUCGAAGGAGAGUUGAGUGGUUCUCCUGAUGCCAGGCAAUGGUCUCUAACUCAGCAGUUCCAUGAUUCUGUGAUGUCACUGAAGAGAGAAGAAAUGGAAGCUGGGCUUGGCUCCAGCUGCUCCAGUUCCUCUCCCCUCUGGAUUCAGAUAAUUUUUGGGGUGAGGGGAGAAGGCUUUGGGGAAUCUAUGGUUGUGAAAGUGGACAUAUCGGCUGGCAACCGUAUUAGCUUUGAGGCCACAGCAUUCACUUUCUUCAUCAUCCUUCUAAUUUGCCUCAUUUGCAUCCUCCUUUUAUUGGUGGUUUUUUUAUAUAAAUGUUUUCAAGGCAAGAGAGAAGAGACAGAAAAAAUUCCUUGUACAGAUGCUAAUGGAGGUGAAGAGUGUUCGCCUGCUAAUGUGGAGAAUAAUACAGGAGGCCAAGAAAAGGUUAUAAUGGAAAUCAUGGGCAUGAAUGCACCAGUGAGGCACGGCAUUCUUGUCCAGAGACGGAAUAAGGAAGCGGUGGCCACAUCCUUAGAAAACAGAGAGGACAUGGAGGCACAGGAGGGAGACAAAAUGAAAAAGAAGCAAGUGUCUGGGAAUGCUGGAGAAACUGAUCAAGAGGGUGAAAAGUUGAAGAUAACACACCUACCUCUCAAUAGAGUUUCUUCAGAUGUUGAAAACUCAAAAAGACCUUUAAAAGGAGUGACAUUUUCUAGGGAAGUAAUUGUUGUGGAUCUUGGUAAUGAAUACUCUGCACCUCGAAGUUACACUCGAGAACAUAAAGAGAGAAAAUGAAGCUCAAAAAAAGCUGAGAAUGAAAAAAAUAUAAUCUUUGACUAACAUUGAAAUGACUGAGUGUACC